CUAUAGUUUAUAGUUUAUACCAUUUCGAUCUCUACCUACAUCUCCAAAUUAAAUUAAUCGAAGAGAGAAAAAUGGCGGAAUUGUUUAUAAAGCAGGCAAAACAGUACGCAGUUGUAAGACCAACAUACCCUAAACAGUUGUUUGAAUUCAUCGCUUCCAAAACCCCAUUUCAUCAUCUUGUUUGGGAUGUUGGUACUGGUAGCGGUCAAGCCAUUCCACCUUUAGCAAAGAUGUACAAGAAUGUCAUAGGUACAGAUACCAGCCAAAAGCAGCUAGAGUUUGCACCCAAACUCCCAAAUGUGAAAUACCACCAUCAUACUUCUCCAAUCAUGUCUAUUGAAGAACUCCAACAAAAUGUAGCCUCUCAAUCAACCAUUGACUUAGUAACAAUAGCACAAGCAUUACACUGGUUUGACCAUCCCCAAUUCUUUGACCAAGUGAAAUGGGCCUUAAAGAAGCCCAAUGGGAUCAUUGCAGCCUGGUGCUACACCACUCCAGAGGUUAAUGAAGAUGUGGACGCGGUCUUUGGGCUUUUUUACAAAGUUGAUUCAGGCCCAUAUUGGGAAGAAGCCCGAAAACGCGUGGAUAACAAGUAUAAGGAUAUAUCUUUUCCAUUCGAGGCGAUAGAUGGGUUGGAUCACACAGGCCCAUUUGAGUUCAAGGCUGAGAAAGUGAUGAAUUUGGAAGAAUAUUUGAUGUAUAUAAGGUCUUGGUCUGCCUAUAUAACUGCAAAGGAGAAAGGGGUGGAAUUAUUAACAGAUGAGGUGGUAGAGAAAUUCAAGCAUGCUUGGAAUAUUAGUGGUGGGGAGAGUGAAAAGGUUAUGAAAUUUCCUAUUUAUUUGAGGAUUGGCAAAGUUGGGAAACUCACUAUAGAAUGAUUGUCGUACGGUUUUAUGGUAAUUCUUUUGUGAUGUAGUACUAGCCUAUAAUGAGAAUAGACAAUAAAUUACAACUUUAAUGUACUAAAUCAAAUUUCUUCUCUCUAUUUAGAUGUUAUUGACAUGUAUCAAAUCUUCUCCAAGAAUAUAAGUGUCAUGCGACGCAUAUAAUUUGUAUUAUAAGAAUAUCUAUAAUUUUAAA